AUGGCUGCUCGACCACCAAGUUCAUGGCUGGUGAGAUUUGCGCGGAGGAAGUCUCUUCGCGUAGAACAAAGCGGCCACUACUCUGGUCAGCGCCUGAUCGCGCUUCAGAAUUACAGCAAGACAGUCACCACCCUGGAAUUAUCGGCACUUAUCCUACUGACACCGCUGCCUUGCAUCAUCGCCGUUAUUCUCGCUGAUAUCACACCCUUACAAUCACCACAAGAGGGGUCGAAUGCCAACACCGUUUUCUGGUGUCGCGCCAGCUUCAUCGUAUGGCUGUAUACACUUUCAUUUGUCGUACAAUUCAGUGAAAUGCUGCCUGUGCUGCCGAUGUCUCGACGACGUUGCUUUGGAAUAACUGUUUUCGUCAGCGUUGGCUGCAUGGGGUACACCUACUCGUUAUCUCUCCUGAUUGGUUUCCCAGUUCCUUUCAUGAUGGUCAUGGGAGCCCCCGUAUGGAUGACGUUGCUCUUGGGAUCGCUUACUGUGAGUUGG